UGGUCCUGAGGGGUGGAAUUCAAAUAUCUCGGGAUUCGCUCUUCGUCUGAUCAUUUUCUCUCAUUUCUGUCUCGCUUUUCUGAAUUUUGAUUUUGGAUUAAUGGGUAGUUUGCACGAAGGUGGUAAUGAUUCCAAUCAGAACACCAGCGAGCAAGAAACUCAAACUAUAGUACUUGAUGUUAAUGUGACCAACAACAGUUCACAUGUAAUUGAGAAGUUGAAGUCCAAAGAACUUGUUCUGGAACGAAGGGUUAGCCAAAGACUUAAGAAUAUUCCCCAAGAUAAAAGACCCUAUUAUGGUGAUGAUAAUAAUGGUGGCAAGAAAAAGUCUAAGGUUGAUUUUUCAGCCAAAGAUUGCCAACCAGAUGAGGCUAGAAAAGAAAUAGAAGAUAAAGGCACUGAAAGUGGCUCUGCAAUUGGUGAGCCCGAUGAUACAGAAAUUAUGGAAAUAGAGGAUGAUGCUUAUUUGAAAUGGACAGAUUAUGAGGGCUUUAUAGCUGAUUCUGUUCAUCAAAAGGCCAUCAAUAGGGUGAAAGAGACAAUACGGAUUUUUAACAAGCAUAGCCUUCACUUUGCUCAGGAAGAGAGGAAGAGAUGGGAGAAUAUUGGAGAGGUCAAUGAUGAGCAAAUUGAUAAUGGGACAGGGAAUAAUGAAAGCCCAAUUACUGACACCAAGCGAUCUGUCAUUCGACCUGAUCUUAAGGCAAUUACUGAGAUGCAAAAUGAAAAUGAAGUCUUAUACCCUGAAAAGAUGAUUGGUCAUUUACCUGGUAUUGCUGUUGGCUACCAGUUCACCUCUAGAGCUGAAAUGGUAGCCAUUGGUUUUCAUGGCCAUUGGCUGAACGGAAUAGAUUAUAUUUCAAAAGUUUCUGGAAAGCUGAAUCAGAAUUAUGGUUAUACCUGCCCACUAGCAGUGGCAAUCGUGAUGUCUGGACAAUAUGAAGACGAUGUUGAUUGCAUACAUGAGGUUGUUUAUACAGGCCAAGGUGGAAAUGACUUGCAUCGUAGUAAGCACCAAAUCAAGGAUCAAGUCAUGCAUCGUGGUAAUUUGGCUCUUAAGAAUAGUAUGGAGCAAUGUGUACCUAUCAGAGUCAUUCGUGGACAUAAACUGGGUGUGGGUGUUGGUCGGAGUAGAUCUCGCAAAGUGUACACAUAUUGCGGCUUGUACAAGGUUGUAAAGCAUUGGGCUGAGAAAGGUAUUUCAGGACAUAAUGUUUUUAAGUACCGUUUAAAGCGACUUCUUGGACAACCCAAAGUGAACAUAGAUAAGGUUCAUUAUGAACGACAAAGAAACUCUAAUGUCUCUUCAAGAUUACCUGGCUUGGUCUGUGAGGACAUUUCUUAUGGCAAAGAAGCUAUAUGCAUACCUGCGACAAAUAUGAUCGAUCAUCCUCCAAUUGCACCUGCAGGGUUUAAAUAUACCAAAUCUGUUCAAGUUACAGAAAGUAUUACUGUUCCUCCAAGUGCUUAUGGAUGCAGUUGCAGAGGCCAAUGUACUGAUCCAAAGUCUUGUUCUUGUGCUCAACUUAAUGGCUCUGACUUUCCGUAUGUCUGCAUAGAUGGUGGGAGACUAAUUGAACCAAAGGAUGUGCUGUUCGAAUGUGGACCAAAAUGUAGCUGUGGACCAAAUUGUAUUAACCGUGUAUCUCAAAGGCAAUUAAGAUACCAACUUGAGGUCUAUCGUGUGGAUAACAAAGGAUGGGCUGUCAGGUCUUGGGACUUUAUUCCUUCUGGUGCUCCAGUUUGUGAAUAUGCUGGAAUUCUUAGAAGGAAUGAUGAGUUGGAUAAUGUCUCCGAGAAUGACUACAUAUUUGACAUUGAUUGCUGGCACACAAUGAAGGGAAUAGGAGGAAGAAAGAAGCGACAACACGAUAGAUCUAUACCUACAAGUGAUCUUGCAGAGAAAGAGGACCAUGAGCUGACAGAGUCUAUAGCUACAAGUGAUCUUGCAGAGAAAGAGGACCAUAAGCUGACAGAGUCUAUAGCUACAAGUGAUCUUGCAGAGAAAGAAGACGAUAAGCCGACAGAGUCUAUAGCUACAAGUGAUCUUGCAGAGAAAGAAGAUGAUAAGCUGACAGAAAUUGAGUCUGAGUUUUGCAUAGAUGCAGGUUCCUGUGGUAAUGUUGCCAGAUUUAUUAAUCACAGCUGUGAACCUAAUCUAUUUGUCCAGUGUGUUCUAAGUUCCCAUCAUGACGUUAGAUUUGCUCGGAUAGUGCUUGUUGCUGCAGAUAACAUACGUCCUAUGCAGGAACUCACUUAUGACUAUGGCUAUGCACUUGAUAGUGUUGUUGGUCCUGAUGGGAAAAUAAAGCAGGCACCAUGCUUCUGCGGUGCGAGCCAGUGUCGGGGACGUUUGUAUUAAACAGAUGAAGGCUUCCAAAUGAGUUGUAUUCCUUUCAUUCUUCAUUUCCCCCUCUCUGAAAGAAGCAAUUACCAGUGAUGGAUAGUGUAUUUGAUGUAUUGUCUUCUUAAACCUGUUGGAAAACUCAGUGAUGAAUUGGUGUGGAAAUGCCCCAAAGGAAAUGUUCUUACACACUUUACUUUUAGGUGUUGUAUAAGUAAAUGCUACCUUCUUGAUGUUUCUCAUAUGAACAGUGCGGAUUUUUACCUCAGUGGAAAACAAUCAGAUGAUUUCUUGAACCUCA